AUGGAAGCCCGUCUGCAGGGCAACACUCAGUUCUACCACGGGGUCAACGGAGGUGGCGGUCGAAGCUCCAGGCCAGGCGAAGAUGAUACGCUGCGGUACCUGAGCCAGGAGGAGCGGGAGUGCCUCAAGUUCUUCGAGAAGACCAUCGAGUCCUUGGAUGAGAGCCAUGAGCCAGUUGAUGGACACCCAACCUCGGAUCCCAUUGUUUCCUCUCACUUGGCCAGACAUCACAGUGCCAAAGACCAGGAUAUCAUAUACCUGGUCCGCCCAGAACCGGACCUGGUGCAGACCAAAGACCCAAUCUUCAAUCCCACCAGUCCAGAUUUUAAUAGUAUGAUGCAGAACCCUCAAAGCCACUUCGAGAUGAAGCCAAGGCGUGACAUGAUGGACAGCUUGCCUUCAGAGUACAACCCUCCACUACCAAGUGGCAGCUAUGGACAGACAGACAACCCUUCUUCCUACCAUCCCCCAGGCUGUAUCCCCACCCCGGUCCUGAUUGCCCAGCAGAUAGCAGAUAACAAGGGAGGUGGAACCUCUAACUUCCACCCCUCCUCAUUCCUCCGUAGUCAUGGACAUGAGUCCGACAAGCCACCGAACCCCGGCGGCGAUCUUCCUGUUAGACAUGGUCCUCCUACCUCUGCUAAACCCUCCCGCUUCCCGGCUAACAUCAGCGUGAUCCACGGCAACAAGGAGCACCAGAACCAGCCAGUGAGUAAUGUGAACAUCAAUGAGAGACGGGCGCAGAUGCUGGCGAACCUAUCGGGAACGUCAAACCCUCUGCUGGACGAAGAGACUCCUCAGCCGGCUGCGGAGCCGAGGGCUCCAAAUACUCCCACUCGCAGCAUUUCCUUCAAGGACCCCUCACCAGACAAAUCCAGGAUGGAGGCCCUGUCUAAGCUGGGCCUGAACAGGAACCGAGCCAUGUCCGGGGGUAUGUCGCUCCUCGCCGUCGCUGGGGGCACUUUGCCAAAUCCUCCCACAGAUGCUGAACCCAGCGCCAAACCUCUGGAGGCCAGUGCACCCCCAGCAACAGACACCACCAUCAAAUUGCCAGAAGCCAAUGUUACGCCGCCGCGCCAGAGUCAGAUACCCGUUGACAGAAAACCAGAGAUUCUGCAGUCAGAGUCUCUCAGGAGGUAUGACGAAAGAAACAAACAACUGCUCCACUUGCCUCCAGCAGUCAGCCAAAGCAGCUACUUCUCCCCACCUCCUUUGGACGACAAGGCUUCUUUCCCCCCUCCGUCUGAAGUCACAUCACUGGAGUUAAACAGCUACGGGGGGAAAUCUAUCGUGGUCAACCCUUCUGUCUCAACCAGGAGCGAAUCUACAACUCCAUCUAGCCAUGAACCCAAAGUCCUUCCAACUGCGGUGGCUAACCCCAGCGAGUUCAACCACUACGGAGGAAAGACCAAGGUCAUGACCCCUUCUCCCGCAGCCAUGACCGGGAGCGACCUCCCGGACAUCCUCAGCUCCCAUAUCGACAAGAGACAAACUUUGCCCGCCAAAUCAGAGGUGCUGCCCACCGAGCUCAACAGUUAUGGGGGAAAGAGCCGAUCCUUCAACCCCACCACCGGGUUAAAUCGCCCUUCAGACAGCCAGGCAAGGAGUUUCAAAGCUCCAGCCCCAACCCCGGCCCCAAGACCUACUCGGAACUCCUACCACAGUGGCGUUACCAUCCAGAAACCAGCGCCACGAGCCUUGUCGCCUGAACACCGGCGGAGAUCCAGCUCCCAGUUUCGUCCACAAGGAAUCACGGUGCAGUUUUCCGGACGGGGGCCGAUGGACGAAUCGCGCAGGGAUGCGUUGAGGAAGCUGGGUCUGUGGAAAGAGUCUUGAUGAACUCUUGGUUAAAUCAAGUCCCAAAACCCUGUUGAGCCUGAAUCUCUGGUGUGUACCUGCUGGUGGAGGUGGAAUGUGAGAAGUUUCCCAAUGUAUGUCUGAAUGCGAGGUGUGGUUGGAAAGAAACCUACUCUUACAAAGGAAUGGAGACAGAUCCUACUAUAGACCUGCACAGCCAGUUCUUACUUCCUGGCCAUAAAAAAAACUGACAAACGAUUGUGACACGGUGCAACUGUUGCAAAGACUAAAGUUUGGACAGAUAAACUGCUUCAUGUUGCCUCCGAUCCAAGACAUUGUAUACCUCUACAGAAGAUAUUUGGGAGCAAAUCGAUGCUGUAAAGAGAAGAAUCAUCUUCCUGCAGGAAUCAAAAAACUUUUGGUUUGACACAAACACGCCUCAUUUUAAAACUGGGUCCCAUUUCCUAAAAACCUCUUCUAGUAAAGGGCUGGAAAUAUUUAAUAGUUAUGUUAUUGUCAACAAAUUCCAAUGAAAGGACCAAAACCAACAAUG